CCCGCCCGGGGGAGAACGCCGGGGACAGUGGGUUUCCCUUCCGGAGUAUCCGCCGUUCCCCCCGCCCGCCGGGUGCGCUUCCGGCUCCGUCCGGGGGGCCCGUCCCUGGCGCCGCUGCCGAGAGGAGCGCGGGGCCCAUGGAGCCGCGGCUGUGAGGCGCCCCCGGCCCGGGCCCGCUGCGGGAGCCGGGCGGAGGCCGGAGCCGGGAGCUGCCGGAGCCGGAGGAGAUGGACAAACUGACCAUCAUCUCAGGAUGCCUCUUCCUGGCCGCCGACAUCUUCGCCAUCGCCAGUCUGGCGAACCCGGACUGGAUCAACACCGGCGAGUCCGCGGGUGCUCUCACAGUUGGCCUUGUGCGACAGUGUCAAACCAUCCAUGGACGUGACAGGACCUGUAUUCCUCCACGGCUGCCUCCUGAGUGGGUCACUACGUUAUUUUUCAUCAUUAUGGGAAUCAUUUCACUAACUGUCACAUGUGGUUUGCUGGUGGCUUCCCACUGGCGAAGAGAAGCUACUAAAUAUGCCCGCUGGAUAGCUUUCACUGGAAUGAUUCUAUUCUGUAUGGCAGCCCUAAUAUUUCCAAUAGGAUUUUACAUCAGUGAAGUUGGAGGUCAACCGUAUAAGUUACCCAACAACACAGUGGUUGGGUCUUCGUAUGUACUGUUUGUCUUAUCCAUUUUCUUUACAAUAGUUGGACUUUUAUUUGCUGGCAAAGUUUGUUUACCUGGCUGAUGAAUGUCUGAACUGCGGGACUUUAUUUUGGAAAAGAGCAAGACGUCAGAAUUGCAUUCUCAGGAGGAUGCCUAGAUCAGACUGUCAGACACUUACUGAAAAGAGGAAUGCUUUGACUUGUUCUCACUAUGCACUUUGGAUGAAAAAAAGGAGAGCCUUUCCCAUAACCAAAUACAGACAACGCUGACUAAUCUCCUGAGCAUAUUUUAAUGCAGUCAGGUCUGCACUGUGAUAGGAACUAGUGAAGAAUGCUUUACACUGAGAAGCAUAACACCCCGUGUUACUGUACUGUUCCUGUUUUUAACGUCUAACGAUUUGGAAGUCAAAGUAUUUAUGAACUUUGUGGUAGACCAGAGGGUUGCAGAGGAAUUCAAGUGAGGCUGGCCUCGCUGUUUAGGAGAUUAGUAUUUUACAUCUUCCUUCUGAUGAGCAAAGCCUUUGGCACCAAUGUGGAUCAAUCUUGCAUUACUGCACCAAGAAGCCAAUAGAUCAAAACAUGUUCUCUAAAUGUAUGUAAGAGCAAGAAAACACAUCCCCUGCUCCCCCAUAAGCUCUAGAGAAACACUAAGGAACAUUUUAGAGGGGGAUUUCUUCCUUAUAUUUAUAUAAAUAUAUAUAAAUAUAUAUAUAUUUUGCUGAUGCAGUAUACAGUGUGUGUGUGUAUGUGUGUGUGUGUAUAUACACAUAUAUGUAAUAUAUGUAUAUACACACAAAUGGUUCCUGGAAAAGAACUCAGAACGCUUUGCUAGCAAAACACUGUGGUGUGCAAAACUAGGACUCAAUAGAAAAAAGCCAUUUCUCUGAAGGCCACAUAGCUGAGAGUCUUCAGUUUACCUCAUUCUUUGUAGCAGCCCUUGAUUUUAACAGUUUUUGUAAUAGGUACAAACGAUCCCAUGCCUUUCUAGGUGCAAUUUUAAGUUAAGCUAAAAUUCUUUUUAUGGUAAUUUAUUUGUAUAUGAGGGUAGAAGGUGAGAUCAUGUCAUACCUUAAAAUCCUAAUUUUGGGAAACUGACACUAUUUAAAUUAUUAGCAACUGUUGUACAGAGAGUCUCUUUUUCUACUGUGUUGUUACAUUAGCAUUCAUACAUGUUCAAGCACAGCAUUUUACCAUAGGUAAGCAUUUCUCUAGCACGUGUAAAAUGCAAUGCUCAAAGUAAUGCAAACACUAUUCCACUGCAAAGAUGAAUGAACUUAUUUUCACUUAAGUAUUAAAAUGAGCAAUAUAAUUGUUUAAAUAAUAUAUGCCUUGUUUACUGAAGUUGUUAUUUUAAAUGCGGAUUUAAGGGCCACCCAAAUUUGGAGUAAAUAUUCUUCACUAAAGGUAGUUUUAUUUUUCAGCACAAAGAUAAACCUUGGAAUCCAUAGAUGUCAUAAUUCACUACCCAGUCGAACCUUGCAGGAAGUACGAUUUAGUGUCCCAGGAAAGCUACCCUUAUUAGUACUGUCAGUAUUUCUUUUCCAGUUAAUACAUAGUUUACCUAAGAUUCAUUAUGAAAACAAAAAAAAAAAAAUCUAUGUUUCAAGUGCUGUUUCACUGAGCUUAUUAGAAGAACUGCAUUACUGAAUACACAUUUUCCUAACAUCGUAGUGAAAGUGUAUUUUAGAAUGAGGUUGUUGUUAAAAUAUAAUCAGCAGUUUCCAGAAUAAUCAUUUAUCUGAUAAGCUUAAGUGUUUGAAAAUAAGACAAUUUGCACAAUUCUUUUAAACUGUGUGCCAUUCACACCCUAGUGGGUCCCUGUCCUUUUCCUCCAUCUCUUCUCUCUCUCCCUCCCAAAGGUUAUUUGCUGCAUUAAGUGUUUUUUCUUCUGACAUUUUUUGGCAAAGUUGUCACCAGGGUUGUCUAUAAGCAACUUUUUUCCAGUCAGCUCACUCACAGGUAGAAGGAGGUGUUUACGGAUCACUAGAUUUUUCUAAAGUAUAUUAAUCUGUAAAUACAGCCAGGCACCGGCUUGGAAGUAAUGGUUUAAAUAUGAUUUGGUUCCUAAUUUAAGCCUUCAUCUGCAUUGAGCCGCCUGAAGUCCCCAGUGAUGUUGGUGGAGAUAAAACACAGGGUUCAGCUGCUGGAUGUGUGUCUAAAUUUCAGGUGUUACCACUGCUGUAUUCUAAGCUGAAGUAUUCACUAAAACUUAGAUCAUAAAUUAUGAUUUUUUGGGGAAAAAAACCCCUCUUUUUAUCGGAAAUGUCACUCUUGUAAAUAGUUUAGGAGACUUUUGUAACUGGAACACAGGGUGGGGGAGUUUCUCAGCUGCUAGGAUUUCCCCCUCCCCCGCCCCAGCUUACCUAUUCAGUUAUAGUAACAUCAUGUAUACAGUGGAUUUAGGCUUAAAUGGAUCAUCAUUUGAUAAAAAAAUGUAAACACUUAUCUUGGAGCAUACCCAGACUGUGGCUGGGUGGCUGGAAAUGUAUCUGAUCUGCCAAUGCUAAAAUCAUUUAAUAUGAAUUAUUAAAUGAUAGCAGAGAUUUAACAAGUAAAUUGGUGAAAUAUUUGAGCAUUUUAAAUCCAGAAAUAGAUGCAGCCAGCUGCAUUUAAAAAACCCAACAACUCCACUCAGUAUUUGAGGAGACAGCUGUCAACAGUUGCUUUUAAUGAGGUCACUAAGUACUAUAUAGUACAGUAUUAAUUUAUAGCAGAAAAAAUCAUAUCUUGUAAACUGUAUAUAAAACACUGUUUUAUGGUGCAAUCAUUUGUCAAACUUAUGUCUGUUACUUUUGUUUUAAAGUGUGCAUUUUUUUCAUACCUAAGAGCAUCACUGUAAAAUCUGCUGAGGACUAUUUAUAGGUUUUAUUUGCACAAGGUUUUGUUUUAAACUACAGGAAGUUCGUACUGAACAUGCCUAAACUUCUGUAGAGUUUUUCAGUUCAUGAAAAGCAAAUGUUUCCAUGUGAAUCUUCUCCAAAGGUAAUCCCAUAUUUGUGUUGAGUGUUUACAUAAACUUUUCUGAUUCUGCCAGCCAUUAUUUUUAACUUUUAAAGGACAGCUCAUUUCAUAUCUCACUAGAGAGUCUUACUUAAGUCUUUUGCUUCAAAGUUCCCCCAAAGGUUUGAUGUCCCAUCAUAAUGUAAUUUAUGCACACUUUGUCAUUUAUUUGGCUAACAACAUGUAAGACUGGAAACUCAAAAUACCUUCAGAAGGAAAACUAAUUCAUUUGUCUCUAUAAAUCUUAUCCUUGAGUUCAGCUGAAAUAAUCGCCUGGAAGCUGUUUGUCUCAGACCUGGGGAGGGUAUGCUUCCCUGAAGGCACCAUUUUAACCAUUUAACACCAUUUAUGUUGUUAAUCUUGCUGGCGAGCGACAGCAGUUUUCCAGGGACGCUGGUUGUGUGCAACACCACUGAGCCCCAACCUCUGGCUGAGGUAGAGCAGCCAGGCUAGGGCUCUCCUGUCAGACCUGUGUUUCAGAGCCGUUGUUUAACCACUUCAGAACACAACUGUAGAUGACUUUUCGCCCCAACACCCAAGAAAUGAAAGCUGUCCUUUAAAACCUUUGUGAAGGAUGAAAAUAAUGAAGGAAAUGGUGUCUGCAAGCGGGUUGUCCUGCCUGGGCGUCGCGUCGCUCCCCGCCCGAGGCCUGACCGUCUGCGUCCCACGCCCCGGCCUUUACUGAGGAUUGUUUUCUAAUUGGUUAGAGCAUUUUUCAAUUAAUGAUUUCCGAACAAAUGUUAAUACAAACUGUAUAAAAUGAACAUAAUUUUCUUCACUUGUAUUUUUGUUAUUGAGCAAGUUUAUCAAAAUAAAUUGUCUACUAAACCGACUGGCCCCGCCCCAUCCCGUCCCUCAGGUGUCUCCUCAGAUCCGGUCUCCCGCCCACCACCGCCCCGGGGCGGCGGGACGCGGUGCCGGCUCCUCCCGCUUGGGGCCGGCCCGUCUCCACCGGCAACGCCGUAACACGCCGAGCGGGGCCGGAGGAUGGGCGGGCGGCUCCCGGGUCCUUCCGCGUUGCCGGCAGCCGGCCCGCUUGGGGGAAGGGUCGCUGUGUUUUAAUUUGCUGUUGUUCUACAUGCGAUGUAAUUAUCAUGCUAGGUCUGUUUGAAUAAUGGAUACACACAUCAAGAAAAUGGCACAGUUGUUGGACAAUGAUCAGGUUUUGGAAAAAGCUGGGUUGACCACAAAAUCCACUCUGCAGGGUGUUCAUCCACCAUGCCAAGAUUUUACUAUGUCACGUCCAGGACCAGAUAAUGGAUCGCUGGUCAUACAUAGCAGCAAGACAAAUGAUCUGCUGAGAGUACAAAUGAAGGAAAUACAGUCUGAAAAGGUGCAAACCUCUGAAGAGUGGCUAAGAAACUACAGUUUAGAAUCCUUGCAAUUAACAUUAGAGCAUCUGGUAGACGAAGGCAGUAUUGUUUUUGUUCCAGGAAUUCAAGAAAUGGUGUUGAAGAGAUAGAGUUUACAGAAGAGACUGUUACUGAUUUUGAGUCCAGACUUUCUGAGAGUGCCACUACUUCAGCAUACCUCACUGUGUCAAGUCAUGAAGGUACAGAAUCUUCCGAAGGUCCACCUUCAGUACUUGGGCCCUGAACCAUCCAAGCAAACUGUCUGCAGAUCUGGUUUAAAAAAGAAGUAGUUUUUGUGUUUUGAAAAAGCAAAACUGUUUUCCCCUUUAAAAUGUUGAUUUAAACUUUCUGUUUAAAUUGUAAAAACUAUGCAUGUGGUAUUAAAAAUCAGUUGGUUGAAGCAAAACAAUUUUAGAAGAAGCAAGCACUUUGUUUUACCUCAGGUUUUACCUAUUUUGAAAUGGAAAUUGUUGAAAGUUAUGCUGCAGUUAGUCUGGCACUUCAGUGAGUGUGCUGCCUUUCAAUCACAAGCUUAUAUUUCAUGAAUGUCUUAAGCAAUAGUGUAGGUUGUAUUAAAUACAUUUCCUGACAGUAACCUGUGUGUGCUGAACUAAACUCAGUUUUGCCUGAACUUCUGUUGUUCACACAUACACAUGGUAAAUACCCCACUCCCACCUCUGAACAGAAUAAGCCAGCAACUGAUUAGAAAACAUUCCAGUGUUCUGUUUUUUCAGACAGCCACAUAUUUAAUCAAACAACUUUAGGAGAAGUAGUAUUUAAAUGGUUAACCCUGCAACCAUCAGUUGUAUGAGAACACUGGCAACAGCAGUUUUAAAUGCUGCUUCUCACAGAUUUUGCAUCUGUGAGAAGAAGGAUGUGAUGAAGACAAAUGGUUGAUUGUAACAUUGAUGCACAAUGCAAGAGAUCGCCUUAGCUAAAUGUGUGCUAUGCCUUUUGUCAGAGUGAUUGAACUUUAUCAGCAGCGAAUUCAGUGGCUGUUGCAGGACAGCAGAAAGGUAACUUUAACUUUGCAGUAUGCUUUUAGAAUGGAACUGUAUAUGGCAUUAAAGAAUAAAUUAAUUUUUGAAUAUUA